AUGGCGGUGAAUGCUGGAGCAGCCCCUCUACCAUGGGGAGUGGGUAAAGUGGAGGAAUUUGAGCCUCACCAGCAGCAUUGGCCAGCGUAUGAGGAACGUCUUACGCAGUAUUUUGUAGCAAAUGGCGGUACAGGCGUCGAAAUGGAAGCAGCGGAAUCAGCAACCAUCGGAAUCUAUCUCGAUCACAUUGCUCAGCUUCGUAAACUGACGGAGCACUGUCGAUUUGAAGGGCCGCGGUUGGAGGACGCUCUGCGAGACAGGUUCGUGGCAGGCAUACGCAGUUCGUCCAUUUACCGCAUGGAGGCCGCGGAGAAACAGUCAGAGACGCUACGUCAAGCUACUGGAUUGACCUCAAGCGCGAGUGCUGCACCGGUACAAGCUGUUGCCGUGAAGAGGAAGUUUACGAAGCCCCAGAACCAUGUUACAGAUGUGGAAGAGCAAGACACACGCCAGAUAGAUGCUAUCAUCGAGAGAAAGUAUGUCAAGCGCAAAUGCCAAGGGAGAUGGGGGUUUCGGAAAGCACCUUCUAGGGCUUCAGCUGCAAUAGGGAAGGCCAAAGCGCAUCAUGUAGAAGUGUCUGAUUCAGAAGAGUAUGAGAUUUAUACCCUCAAGCCAUUGGGCGGGGCCAGAUGGGUGGUAACUCCGUUGAUGAUGGAUGGCACCCAGAUGGAGAUGGAAAUCGAUACCAGAUCAGCAGUCUCUAUUGCAUCCAAGAAACCUGGAAUUGGAACCUUACGUAAUUGUGAAGCCAAAUUGGAUGUGGAACCAGACGCUACGCCAAAGUUUUUCAAGCCUAGAGCUGUGUCCUACUCAUUGAGCCCUAUAAUUGGACAGGAGCUGGACAAAUUGGUGAGUAUGGGAAUUUUUCCUCAAGUUGAGCAGUUUCGCUUGCCCAAGCCUGAAGAUUUGUUCAGUACACUAGCGGGAGGCCAAAAAUUCAGUAAGUUGGAUUUGGCAAAUGCAUACCAGCAGCUGAAAGUGGAUCCAAGUUCCAGGAAAUACUUGACUAUUAGCACUCACAAGGGUCUCUAUCAGUACACCAGGUUACCAUUUGGUGUAGCCAGUGCACCAGCCAUUUUUCAACAUGUCAUGGAGCGAAUUCUGGAUGGUAUCACUGGCGUGUGCUAUUAUCUCGAUGAUAUUUUAGUCACAGGAGAGUCUGAUCAAGAUCACUUGCAGAAUCUACAGGCAGUUUUACAGAGACUGCAGCAGUCUGGUCUCCGGUUAAUGGAAGCCAAGUGCAAGUUUAUGGAGGACUUUGUGCAAUAUUUAGGCUACCAGAUUUCUGCAGCUGGUAUUGGAACCGCCAAGGAAAAGGUAGAAGCGGCGCUAAAGGCUCCUACAUCUUUCAACACAGGAGAGUUACGAUCUUUUUUGGGUUUAGUGAACUAUUUACGGAAGAUUCAUUCCUAA